UAUAUAACUACGGAGUUGUUGUAAUAUAAUAAUAGUAAAUAUAAGUAAGUGAACAAAAAAAAAGUAAAGUAAAAUAAGUGAACAAGGAACUGAAACAAUCCAAAAAUAUCAAACCAUUAUAUCUCUCAACUUGUCAUUACUGAUAGGAUGAUGUGGAGUAGAAUUACUUGAUGCGAUUCCUUUUUGUGUAAGGUUGGUCCAGGUUAUAAUAAUAGCAUUUCAACUUUUUGGAAAAGGUCACUGUACUCUUGAUGAAUGUGUUACAUAUCUAAAUCGAGCUCCGCUUAAAAUGUUGCAACUCCAUGACUCCAUGACUUUGACUCCGACUCCAUAACCCUGUAUUAUACAAUGAAAAAAGAAUGGAUUUGAAAAAAGAAUAACUUACUUCUUGCAUUUGGCAUGUGUUCUCAUUAUUUGACUACUGGGUGAAAAUAUCAUUGCAGAAAAUCUAACUCAACCAGAUGUUGUCAGAAGAAAUGCAGAAGCCUGUUGUCCUUAUUUAAGAGAGCCGGGAUAGCUCAGUUGGUUAAAACGCUGCUAUGAAGUUUGGAAUAAUUAUUAGCUGUAGCAGCAGGAUUGCAGGUUCAAAUCCCAGCUCUGCCUACUCAGUGUAUGAGUAGUACUUUGUGGGAUUUCCUCCAUUAAAUCUAACAUCACUUGGGUCUAAAUACAAAAUACUCACUAAAAAGACAAUUGAUCAGCUUUAUACCUCUACGCUAACGCCACAAAUCUUACAUGCUAAUGAAAAUGUAAUAACUGAUGAUUUUGACUUUCGAACACUUUUUUGUCAUUCAAUGGCAAAUGUAAGUGACAUGAAAUUCACUACUCAAGAAGAAUUAAGUUUCAGAAAUUUUCAUCAAAAAUGGAAAAAUGUACAUUCCUACCAGUUGUCCUGUGGUAUUUUAGUAGUAUUCUCACCUGUUAAGUUAUGUCAGCAUGGUUUUUUUUUCAAGUGUUUUGUGAAAUAUGAUAAAACCUAUUUAUAUGUAAAAACUGCCACAAUUAUAUAUGCUAAUAGACCAUAUCUUUCAAUAUCAAGUUCAAAUGAUGAUGGCAAAACUUUAAAAGUAACUUGCAAAUAUGCAAAUUUAAUAAAUCCUUUAUUCCUUAAUAUAACAUUUUCACAUAAUGAUCAAUUGAUAAAUGGUAAUAAAGAUUUCCUAAUAAAUCCAACCGAAUUUUUUGAAAACAUUAGUGCACGUCGAUUUGAUUUGAAAAGAACAUUAUCUAUUUUGAAUCCACAAUUUUUUAAUGACAAUUUUAGUUGUGUCUUGUCUGAUGAUAAAUGUGGGAUAGUAGCAAGUCAGAGUCUCUCCCUUUUCCAAGAUAAAAAGGCUGGUUCAACACCUACUUUUUUAUCAGAUGGUUUAUGGGUAGUUUUAAUUGGAUUUUUGCUCUUGUUGUUUUUUUUCCUUAAAAUAAAGUCAAAAUGGUGUAAAAGCUUGAAAAAAAGUGGGAAAAUCCAGGAGGAUUUAACUGUAGUUGUUAAUGACCAUAGAAAUGAAAAUGAACUGCAUUUUAUGUCUUCAAUAACGAAUGUUGAGCAAAGCAUGACAUGUUUCAAGCAGAACAUAACAAAUCCAGAUCAGAGAACUAAUGAUGUCUUUAUAUCAUACAGUUCUCAGAAUCGUGAGUGGGUAAAUAAUACUCUUCUAUUUGAACUGGAAAAACGAAAUAUUAGUGUUUGCAUAGAUUAUAGAGAUUUUGUUUUAGGGGAAUACAUAUCAAAAAAUAUUUUAGAUGGUAUGCAUAACAGUCGAAAAACUAUUGUUGUUAUUUCUUCGGAUUAUUUAAAGAGCAAUUAUUGCAAAGAAGAACUUCAAACAGCUUCACAAGGUCAUUCUGUUAUUUUCAUAAUGAUAGAAAAGUGCAAACUACCUCGUUAUUUAAAGCAACAACUCUCAAAAAAUCAAGUUUUUGAAUGGGAAGAUAAUGAGAGGUUCUGGAAAAACCUUGUUCUUGCUAUUCACUCAUAACAAAUAUCUGUAAAUAUAUAUAUACAAAUGUCUAUAUAUACAUAUAUAUAUAUAUAUAUAUAUAUAUAUAUAUAUAUAUAUAUAUAUAUAUAUUCAACACGUUUAUAUGUUUAUACUUAUGCAGUGCUUUAAAUGAAGAAAAAAAAGUAGCGAGAUGGUAUUUGGUAAAUUAGAAAUACUAUCGUGCCUAAUCAUUGUUA